GGAGGUAACCGAACAGGUGGACUCGGUGGUGGCUCUCAGCUCCAGCUCCUGAAGGCUACGGUGGGUACCCCAGCCCCGGGGCCAGCCCAGCGGCCAGGCUGCAGCAGCACAGCGGCUGAGGAGGGGGAUGGUGGAGGGGGACCCGGUGAGACCGGCUGUCCAGCCUGUUCUGGCCCUUACCAGCCUGUGUUGAACUCGACGUGGGCAUCGAAGAAGCCGACGACUGGGGCAGUGGCCGCCUUCCAGCCCUGCAGCCGGGCGCGGAUCAGUCCUUCCCGCCGGCUAUUGCGGACGAUCUUCACGAGGCCCGGGUACCGCUUGUUGACAUACUGGUCCAGAUUGAACUUGAGCUCCACUGAGGAGAGACAAGAUGUCAGCACGCUGGCAGGUGCCGGCAGGCGCGGGGCCACCAAGACCCAAGGCCAGAAACGCUGCGUGCCCCGUGUGGGAUGGGUGUCUCGUAAACGUUCUCUUAGGACCCACUGAGCUGCACGCGGUUCAGCGUGGGAGGUCCCAGAGAUGAGACCCCAGUCUCACGACGCUGACAUUCCCGUGGGAGACACAGCAAACAAGGACACACACCAGACCAGACAGCAGCCCGAGCUGCAGAGACGGGAUACACAGGGCUGAGCAGUCAGCCGUGAAAAAACCAAGUCCAUAGAUGGAUGGGUGGACACACAAACGUCGUCUCUCCACGCAACCGAACCGGCUCAGCUGAGACCAUAGAUGGAUGGGUGGACACACAAACGUGGUCUCUCCACGCAACCGAACCGGCUCAGCCAAGUCCAUGCAUGGAUGGGUGGACACACAAACGUGGUCUCUCCACACAACGGAACCGGCUCAGCCAAGUCCAUGCAUGGAUGGGUGGACACACAAACGUGGUCUCUCCACAUAACGGAACGUGCUCAGCCAAGUCCAUGCAUGGAUGGGUGGACACACAAACGUGGUCUCUCCACGCAACCGAACCGGCUCAGCCAAGUCCAUAGAUGGAUGGGUGGACACACAAACAUGGCCUCUCCAUGCUGGAGGCAGGGUGUCCUGAUGGAGCUCCCUGUGGCCAAGGGCAAGACACAGGUAGCCAAGCUGGACUGGAUGGUCCUCCCCACACACCACCCUCUGCAGCGAGAUAGGGCUCAGGAGGGUGGCCACACCAUUCAGUCCUCCGCACACAGACCCCAGUGUAGACGGUGCUGCCGGGCUGGGGCCCUGCUGCAGGCCAGAGCUUGCCCCACAGCCUCAUGGUAUAGCCUUCCGCCUCCACAAGGGGUCGGGAAGGGCCUGCCCAGGUUUCACUCCAUUUCCGGAGGGAGUGUCAUGGCUGUGGGCUCUCUGCUUUGCGCCUGGGAAGGGCAGAUGGGGGACAGGCCUGGGGCAGUGCCAGAUCCUCGUUUGGUGUUUCAAGCCUGUGUGCCAGAGGGUGUGAGCAGUGCUGCCCUCAGGGCACCUGAGGCUGAGGAGGGUGGCGCUGAGGAACCACGGGGCUUGGGCUCCAGCCGCCAGCUCCGUCCAGCCAAGCUCUGGUGCCUCUGUGGGCAUGAGAGGCGGGAGGUGGCACCUGGGAGAGCUCAGCUCAGCUGGCCUCUGUGGAGGGUGGGGUGGCUGACCCCAACUUCACCUCCACCCGGAGCCUGAGAGGGGAGCUUGUCUGGAAGCAGGGACUUUGUAGACGUAUCCAGUUGAGGAUCUUGAGAUGAGAUCCUCCUGGAUUUGGGGUGAGCUCUGAGUCUAGUGUGGGUCCUCAUGAGAAGAGGAGAAGAUGCAGACACAGGGGGAGAGGCUGUGUGACGGAGGCAGAGAGAGGCACGGGCAGCCACACAGUGGGGACAGCAUGUACGAGUCAUGACAGAGGCUGGAAGGCAGGAGGGACCCCCGUAGCUUUAGAGCCCCGUGGACAGACGGGGUGCGGUCCUCUGUCGCUCCGUCCCGGAAGGCUCCACCCAACCCCAGCUCAACCCAGCUACAGGCAGCCCCCCAUGAGCACCGUGCUGAGGCCGCGCCCACUCACCAUUGUCACUGUUGUCGUCCACCAGGAUGACCUCCUUGAGGAGCUGGGAGGGCGUGUGGUUGACCACGCUGUGCACGGAGCGCAGGAUGACCGACAGUGCCUCGUUGACGAAGAUGAAGACCACGGAGACCUGGGGCAGGUCCUGGGCGUAGCUCAUGUGUCUGCACCUGCAAGAGACAUGGUUUGGGGUGUGGUCAGGGUGGGGUGCACGGGACCCUGGGAGCCAGGUGCACCCUUCGAGGGCUACUGGACAAGGCUUUGGCCCUACAACCAGACGUCAAGGGUGUACGGGGGUCAGAGCUGUUCUAGAAAGAAACUAGUAACAGUAACACGGCACCCAGCAUACACACAGCCCCUGUGCCCACCCUGUCCUCAGAGCAACCUCAAGAGAUGAAUGUCCCCGUUCUACAGACAGGAGCCUCCCCCGUGGGCCAUGAGUGCAGGUGCUGGGAUUCCAACCCCAGCUGUCAGCUUCAGGAGCACGUUGGGGACGGUGCUGCUGGGCACAGCUGAGGAGCCAGGCACAGCCAAGGAGCCAGCCACCCUCAUGGGCAGCCACUUCCCGCCCUGGCUAGCAGCUGGUUCCGAGCCUCUGGUGAGAAUUUCAAAGGGACGAGGGCUGUGCGUCACCAUCACAUUUAUCUGGACUGUGGUGCUCAGCGAGGGAGAUUUCAUCACUCAGAAAAAUGCAUUCUGACAAGAAGACUUCACUCCAUUAGUCUGUAGAAGAAAAAGCUUGGAUCGCACAAUUUUCAUGAACUUGCAAAAUGUGUAAAACAAAAAAUCCUGAGAAAGGAAAUAGAUCUUAGGACAGACUGCGGGAGCGGCUGCAGGUUGGAGAGGAGAUGUUUUGGGGUUGUGGGGGCAGAGGCACUCCCAGAGCCCAGCGGGAGAGGGGCAGGGCUGCUCAGAAAGCUUGGGACCAGCCCUGUACCUGUUUGUUCCUGCAGGUCUAUCUCCCCCCAUGACCAGAACGUGAGCCCCGGACAGCAAGCUCCUUUUCUGUCCCGUUGGCAGCUCUAUACCAAGAACCCAGGCUGUGCCCGGCACACAGCAGGCCAGGAGGCGUCGGGGCCACAUGCACCUGUGCUGAAGAACUCGCAAGCAGCAAGGACAAGGGAUUUAUGGCAAUCCGUGUCCGGGACCCACUCCUUGCCCCAGGAUAUCGACGACCUUUUAUGGAUGGAUCUCAGCGGCCACUCGCUUUAUAAACAAGCUGCCUGCGUGGAACAGGCUUCCCUGCAAGCUCACGGCCGCAGGUUUGAGGGAUGGACGCAGAGGCCCCCGGGACGCUGGCCAUGCUGGGGAGCGUGUGAGGUGCCCAGGAGCGAUGAGGGCGACAGAACCUUCCAGAUGCACCCUCUGCUGUCCGCUCAGCAGGAACACGGAGAAGCCGAGCCGGGCUGGCCUAAGCAGAAAGAGGGUUGGUGGCUCAUCCGUAGGAAAAGUCCAGGUGGGUUCGGUUUCGGGCCAGCUUGACGGGGGGUCAAAGCUCGUCAGCGGGACACGGGCCUCCGUCUGCCUCUCUUCGCUCCAGCCUUCUGGCUCCAGUUUAAUCUCAGGAAGGCCCGUCCGCGUGGCCGGAGGCCGUGUCCCCGCAGGUCCGGACCUUCCAGGGGUUUGAGUCCAGGGCAGCAAACCCGCCUGUCUUCCCAGGACACGCAGGAAAACAUCCCUGUGUCUCCCGGGCUCUGACUGGGUGACGUGCCCUUCCCUGAACCAAUCACUGUGGCCAGAGGAAAUAGGGCGCUCUGAUUGGCUUAUGCUCCAUUGCGUCAUGCACCAAUCACUGUGGCCAGAGGAAAUAGGGCGCUCUGAUUGGCUUAUGCUCCAUUGCAUCAUGCACCAAUCACUGUGGCCAGAGGAAAUAGGGCGCUCUGAUUGGCUUAUGCUCCAUUGCGUCAUGCACCAAUCACUGUGGCCAGAGGAAAUAGGGCACUCUGAUUGGCUUAUGCUCCAUUGCGUCAUGCACCAAUCACUGUGGCCAGAGGAAAUAGGGCGCUCUGAUUGGCUUAUGCUCCAUUGCAUCAUGCUGGGCUCAGCACCUGGCCGGUGGGGCUCCUAGAAGUGGGGCCUGCGGAUGGUGGACCAGCCGUCAGCAGACGUUCCUGACGGGGAGCAGCGCCAGCGUCUGAUCCAGGUUUGCGCCCAGGCGCCCACAGGUGAGACCGACAAACAUUGGGAGCCUCAGUUCUCCGGCACAAUGAGGAUCCCAACCGCGUCCGCCUCGCAGGUCGUGCGAGGGAGAUCCUGCCAGGUCAUUUCCACACUCGUGGAGUUGAAGUGUUUUUAUUUCACUCCCUGUCACCCACCGUCUGGCAAAUGGAAGACAAUGAAGACCAGGAUGACUUUUCCAAAUCUCGCUUUUCUGCAAUGCUCAACCCAGCCCCAAGAAACAGAUAAAGGAGCUCAAAGAUUUUCCAACAAGUCCAAAAUGCCCAUCAGUGAGGAAGGCAAGUCGCUCACCCUGAAGUUCAGCCCCCAGCCUUGUCCUCCUGCGCUCCUGCUGGGGAUGAGGGAGAGGCCACGGGGAGCAAAGGAUGGCUGGGCUGGUCCUCCCUGAGGAAGCCCUUUCUUCCGUGGUGGGCUGAACGGUGUCCUCCUCCCGCGACCCAGGACAUGGUGUCAGCAGGACGUGACCUCUGUCUCCGACCUCGGAAACAUGUCUUCUGGCCCGGGUUUAAUAUCGGAAGGGCCUGUCCUCAUGUGACUGAUUGCAAGUAGGAUCUUUGCAGAUGUAGUUAAGUUAGGGAUCCUGAGAUGACCCUGAGGCGGGAUCGGUAGGGGUGGGGAGGCCACACUGACGUCCUUGUUCCCUGUGUGAAGCCCCCCUGCCCAGUAGGGGCCCAGGAAAGAGAAUGAAGGUACUUCUUCCUGAUGUAGCUUCCCCAAUCUCCAGCCAGUCAGCACCCAAAGCCCACGAAGCUCUUAGCCACACAUUCCUGCCUUGGAGGGGCCAGGGGCAUCUCCAGGAAGCUGUACACACAGUUAGGCUCCAAGUUCAGCUUACAGGGACCUUUCCCUCAUUUUAAUAGUAAGAGAUACACCCCCAGUGAGGAUUCCAUAUGUAAUGAUACAGGCAGUGUGUGUUGGAGCACUUAGGUACUGGGCGUGUGCACCAACCGCAGGCCUGUCUGCCUUUACACACCUGACCUCACCGUAUUUCACGAACAGACACGCAGAGUCAACCACAGGCCUGUCUGCCUUUACACACCUGACCUCACUGUAUUUCAUGAACAGGCAAGUACAGCCAACUGCAGGUCUGUCUGCCUUUACACACCUGACCUCACCAUAUUUCAUGAACAGACACGCAGAGUCAACCACAGGCCUGUCUGCCUUUACGUGCCUGACCUCACCGUAUUUCAUGAAUACACAUGCACAGCCAACCGCAGGCCUGUCUGCCUUUACGUGCCUGACCUCACCGUAUUUCAUGAAUACACAUGCACAGCCAACCGCAGGCUUGUCUGCCUUUACACACCUGACCUCACCGUAUUUCAUGGAUGCACACACACAGCCAACCACAGGCCUGUCUGCCUUUCAUAACCAACCUCACUGUAUUUCAUGAACACGCAUGCACAGCCAACCGCAGGCCUGUCUGCCUUUACACACGUGAGCUCACCGUAUUUCAUGAACAGGCACACACAGCUAACCACAGGUCUGUCUGCCUUUAUAUACCCAACCUCACUGUAUUUCAUGAACGUGCAUGCACAGCUCCCACGAAAGGACUCCCCUCAAGGCACCAGGGGCUGCUUCUCCCUCCGAGGAGCACUUUCGCUUUGUGACAAACUUCUUUGCCUACUUGUGUUUUGGACUUGCUCUCAAAUUAUUUUGUGCUGCAAAGUCAAGAACCUGACCCAGCCACCCACUGACGAAGAGAUCAUCCUGGAUUUAGGGUGAGUCCUAAAUCCAACAGUGUCCUUAAAGAGAGGGCAGAGGAAACGCAACAUGGAGGCCCAGGCAGGAGGCCACGUGGAGGCGGAGGCUGAGCCUCAAAUGGCACAGCCACGAGCCCAGGGAUGCCUGGAGCCCCAGAAGCUGGGAGAGGCAGGAAGGAUCCUCUGGAGGGGGCACAGCCCUGCCCACACCGUGAUCUUGGGGUCUGGCCUCCAGAAGGAGGGGGCACAGCCCUGCCCACACCGUGAUCUUGGGGUCUGGCCUCCAGAAGGAGGGGGCACAGCCCUGCCCACACCGUGAUCUUGGGGUCUGGCCUCCAGAAGGAGGGGGCACAGCCCUGCCCACACCGUGAUCUUGGGGUCUGGCCUCCAGAACGGGAGACGGUGCAUCCACAGUGUCGGAAGCCACCUGCUUGUGGCCCUUGUUACAGCAGCCACAGGAGAUGUUUUGUCUUCUGCUCUCGAACGUGGGGCUGGGACCUCCCCUCCUGCAAGGCGGCUCUGCCAGCACAGCGGUGGCUGCUCCCGGCAUUGCUGAGUGGGUCACCACCGAGUCGGGCAAGGGGGAUAUGAGGGGGGUCCUGGGCCUCUGCCAUUAUUUCCUGCUGUCCCUAAACAGGCUCAGGGCCUCCCUUGGCUGGGGGCAGAGACUCAGAUGAGCAUCCCGGCGUCUCUGAGAAUAAAACGUCACAGACGCAGCCUCCACUCAGCGAGCAAAAGGGCCAGCCUGAGGCGUGAUCUGCGUCUGGACGUGCAGUUGAGCUCUGUCCCCCAGGAACGCUACGCAGGCCUGGCCUUUGACUGUAGAACACACCGGCGAGGGAGACAGGCGCACCGGAUCGGCCAGUUCCCCGGUGACUUAGGCCCAGCCUGCUUUAUAAACAGCUCUGAGGUCUGAACUGCACAGACAGACCCUCUCACUGAGGGCACCCCCAGGUGAUUUCGGUCUCCAGCUCUGUCUCAGGAGCCACGCUCUGGAAGAAACUCUUCAAAGAAAACUGUUCCUGAGACUGCUCUCGUUCAGUCCAACAAGAACAAGUCCCAUUUAGGGACGAGAAAGGAAAUAGGGUCCCAUCUAUUACAGGACAUAGUGCUGAACAGACACCUUUUGUAAAACAGUCUAUUGACUGUGGCCAAGACAAUUGUAAAAUAUGGGAUCGAUUAACACUGAGCUUGGCACAUAGUGAGCACCUCUGAUCCUGGGUGUGAGAAACAGAAGCUAAGUUGUCAUAGAGGGGAGCGGGGCUGAGAAUCACGCCAAACCCCAUGUCUCCCUGAAAUAUGAUCACCAGGAACCUCCUCCAGAAGGCAAAGGCAGGCACGGAAUCCUGCAGGCUUCACGGAGCCCUGCCUGGGGGCAAACCGGAGAGCUGGGGCCUGGAGUAUCCGGCAGGUGAUGCCACCUCUGUGCCCUGCCAGGUGCCACCUGGAGAUAAACCCCAGGGACAGGAGCCCCUGGGAACAGCUGGCUUCACAUGCUAGCUCUUGGGUACAUAAUGGUUCGGAUUUUACGACUGUAAUCAAUAGGAACCCAAUUUGACUUUAAUUGACUUCAAUUCUUUCUUUAAGAAGAAAUGGAUCGGA